ACCAACUGGUCCGAAAGGACACAAGUCAGAAGCGCAAGAUCGCGCGUGAGCUUUUAAACGGAGUGAUACAUGAAAAAAAAAACGAUGUGAAGAGUUUCAUUCAUUUAAAAACCACUCAGAGAUUAUUGCAGCUUACGUGUUUUGUAUUCCUUGAGUAACUUGCAAAGAGACACAUUCCGCAUGGAUCCGUGAUAUCAUUUGGUCUCACCAGACGCGCAGGAGAUCCCCGCACAGAUCUUGGAGUUUUCCGGAGCGCGUUUCCCAACCAGCGCCUCCUCCAACACGGAGAAACUCCAACUAAGGCUAAGCGACUCCACAGAGCCGGAGAAACGCAGGGCAUGUUGCGGACCAGCAGCACUUUUCUGCAUAUAAGCACAAAGUUUCUUUCAGGACGCAGUGGAAAGACGCGCGCCUUGGAAAGCCGGUGAAUUUUUCUUUUCCUUUCCAUUCUAUAAACUUCCAUCGGACAUCAUGAGAGCGGAUUGUUCAACUCCAACAGGAGCAGCCGUAAUACAUUAAAAUAUCUGCUAGAAGAAGAAAGAAGAGGAAGAAGGACAAGAAGAAGAUAGAAAGACUGAACCGUUUUUUUUUUAGUUGGGACGAUGAGAUUAUGCCACAUGUGCAGAAGGAGUGUAUACAUUUUAAGGAAUUCUGAAAUAAAGUCCCAAAGGAAACCUGGAACGAUGGCAUACUGUAUAGGAAUUUACAUUUUACUGGGAUUACUACAGCUCUGCUCAGGAUCUCGUCUCCGUCAGGAGGACUAUCCCCCACGGAUUGUGGAGCAUCCGUCAGACCUGAUCGUGUCGAAGGGUGAGCCGGCCACGCUGAACUGUAAGGCCGAGGGCCGUCCGGCACCCACUGUCGAGUGGUAUAAAGACGGUGAGCGUGUGGAGACAGACAGGGACAACCCACGCUCGCACCGUAUGCUCCUACCUAGCGGCUCACUCUUCUUCCUGCGCAUCGUGCACGGCCGCCGCAGCAAACCCGACGAUGGCAGCUACGUGUGUGUGGCCAGGAACUACCUGGGGGAAGCGGUCAGCCACAACGCUUCACUGGAAGUGGCCAUCCUGCGUGAUGAUUUCAGACAGAACCCUGCUGAUGUGAUGGUAGCCGAAGGGGAACCGGCUGUGUUGGAAUGCCAGCCCCCUCGUGGUCACCCGGAGCCCACCAUCUCUUGGAGGAAGGACGGAGCCAACAUAAACGACCGAGACGAGCGCAUAACGAUCCGAAGUGGAAAGCUGAUGAUCACUAAUGCGAGGAAGAGUGAUGCAGGGAAAUACAUCUGUGUGGGAACCAACAUGGUUGGAGAGCGGGAGAGUGAGAUUGCUGAACUGACUGUUUUAGAGAGACCCAGCUUCACGAGGAGGCCCAUCAGUGUGGUGGUGCUGGCUGAUGAGAGUGUGGAGUUUCGAUGUGAGGCCCGCGGAGAUCCUUUUCCCACCGUCCGCUGGAGGAAGGAGGAUGGAGAAUUACCCAAGGGGAGGUAUGAGAUCCUUGAAGAUCACACCCUGAGCUUAAGGCGCGUAACUCCGGCUGAUGUGGGCUCCUACAGCUGCCUAGCCGAAAACAUGGUGGGGAAGGCUGAGGCUUCUGCAACGCUGACUGUACAUGUUAUGUCUGUGCCCCCUACGUUUGUCGUUCGGCCCCGCAACCAGGUGGUGGGUGUGGCCCGAACGGUCACGUUUCAGUGUGAGGCGAUGGGGAACCCACAGCCUGCCAUAUUUUGGCAGAGAGAGGGCAGCCAGAACCUUCUGUUCUCCUACCAGCCCCCGCAGCCCUCCAGCCGUUUCUCCGUCUCUCAGACAGGCGAUCUUACCAUCACAGACGUGCAGCGUGCCGAUGGAGGACACUACAGCUGUCAGGCACUCAACAUUGCCGGCAGCGUCAUCACCAAGGCCCUGCUGGAGGUUACAGACGUGGUUUCUGAUCGGCCUCCUCCGGUGAUUCGACAAGGCCCAGAGAACCAGACCGUAGCUGUAGAUGGGACAGUUUUGCUGAAUUGCAUAACAACAGGAACUCCUGCUCCGACGGUGCUCUGGAAGAAGGACGGGGUGCUUGUGUCCACUCAUGACUCACGCAUCUCCCAGCUUGACACCGGAGCCCUGCAGAUCCGCUAUGCCAAGCUCAGUGAUACAGGAAUGUACACUUGCGUGUCCACCAGUCCCAGUGGGGAGGCAUCCUGGAAAGCAUACCUGGCUGUGGAAGAGUUCGGAGUGGUGGUCCAGCCCGGCAGACCCACAGACCCAAACCUGAUCCCUAGUGCUCCCUCCAAACCUGAGGUGACUGAUGUUACUCGCACCUCUGUCACACUGACAUGGAAGGCCAACGCAAAUGGAGCCACACCUACGUCGUAUGUCAUCGAGGCCUUUAGCCAUGCAUCUGGGAGUAGCUGGGUGACUCUUGCUGACCAUGUGAAGACUGAAUCGUUCAUGCUGAAGGGUCUCAAGCCUAGCGCAGUGUAUCUUUUCCUGGUGAGGGCAGCCAAUGCUUACGGCUUGAGCGACCCCAGUACUAUAACAGAUGCCAUCCGAACACAAGAUACUCCUCCCACCAUACAGGGAGUGGACCACCGUCAGAUCCAGAAGGAACUGGGGGAUGUUGUUGUUCAUCUGCACAAUCCCACCAUCCUGUCAUCCUCCUCAGUCAGGGUGCAGUGGACGGUGGAGCAGCAGUCUCAGUACAUUCAGGGCUAUAAGGUGAUGUAUCGGCCAUCAUCGGAGUCUGGCGAGCCUCGUGGUCAGUGGGGAGUGUUUGAAGUGCGCACUCCUGGCGAAGACAGUGCAAUUGUACCUCAGCUUAAGAAGGGCGUCGCUUACGAGUUUAAAGUGCGUCCGUUCUUUGACGAGUUCCAGGGAGCUGACAGCGAGGUGAAGGUGGUCAGGACGCUGGAGGAGGCUCCCAGUGGCGCGCCACGUGGCGUUACCAUCACCAAGAGCGACACCAACGGGACAGCCAUCUUGGUCGCCUGGCAACCGCCUCCAGAGGAGGAGCAGAACGGAGUGGUGCAGGAGUACAAGAUUUGGUGCCUGGGCAAUGAGAGUCGAUACCAUGUCAACCGUACCGUAGAUGGCUCCACUUUUUCCGUCGUCAUCCCCAGUCUGUCGCCGGGUAUUCGCUACAGUGUAGAGGUCGCUGCCAGCAAUGGAGCUGGACCAGGGGUCAAGAGUGACGUCACCUUCUUUCAGCUGGACUCGUCUGGUCAAGUUUGGGACAGUUUUGAUGACCAGGACACUUUUUCUAACAUCUCUGAUGUGGUGAAACAGCCUGCGUUCAUCGCAGGCAUCGGCGCCACCUGCUGGGUUGUGCUCAUGGUCUUCAGUGUGUGGCUCUACAGGCACCGCAAGAAGAGGAGCGGCCUGAGCAGCAGCUACGCUGGCAUUCGUAAAGUUCCAUCGUUCACGUUCACUCCAACAGUGGCAUAUCAGAGAGGAGGAGAAGCUGUGUGCAGUGCCGGACGACCUGGACUACUAAACAUCGGCGACACGGUUAGCCAGCCCUGGCUAGCGGACUCGUGGCCCAACACCUGCGCGAACCACAAAGACUGCAGCAUCAACUGCUGUAACGGCGGCAACGGAACCAGCGACAGCAACCUGACCACCUACAGCCGUCCAGCUGAUUGCAUUGCUAACUACAACAGCCAACUGGACAAUAAACAGGGAGUGUUGAUAGGCUCUGACUCAGCUGUGUACAGCGAUGUAGACCUGUCGAACAAACUCAAUGAGAUGAAGACCUUCAACAACCCCAGCAUGUGCUACAUGGGACCCGGAGGCAGCCCACCUACACCGUACGAACCCACUCCUUACGCAACCACACAGCUCAUCCAGUCAAACAUCAUGAGCAAGAACAGCGGUGCAGGGCCUGGUGAUUUCUGUGACAAGCGCUGGAAGCCCCAGCAACCGAAACCUCCAGAACUACCAUCGCAGUUACAGUUUAAUGUUAUGGAGCAAAACAGGCUGAACAAGGAUCAUUACAGAGGCGGUGAGGUUAGUCUGCCUGCCACCAUCCCCUAUAACCAGGCAAAUGAGCACAGCUCUGCCGGGUCCUACCACAGCUCCGACAGAGCCAGCAACAGCACCUCGGGGAGUCAAAAUCAUAAGAAAGGAACUCGCACCCCUAAACUGUCUAAACAGAGUGCAGUGAACUGGGCCGAGCCACUGCCCCCACCUCCAGUCAACCCCCCUACCAGCCGCAGCUCUGAGGACUACCUACAUCCCAUGGAUAAGAGCUUCGAUCCCGACCCCCAGAAGCUUCAGAGUCGUAUGUACCUGCACCAAGGGGAGACAGAAGAAGAAGAGGAAGAGCAUGAGAAUCUAGUCAGGUGCCCCACUCCACCUGUUAGAGGGGCAGCCUCCUCCCCUGUGGGAAUAUCCUACAGUCACCAGUCCACUGUCACGCUCACUCCCUCUCCUCAAGGAGAGCUGCACAACAACCAGGAAGAUCGCAGGCGCCACACGACGAGCCCCCCUCCUCCACCCAAGGCCCUUUCACCCUCGCACACCUACGCCUAUACUGAUGGUGAUGAUGAAGAGUGUGAUCAGACAGAUGGUGAGUCAGGCCAGAGGCAGUACCAGCAACACCCAGGAUCCCACUUCCAGGGUCCUCAGCAGAUCCAGCAGCAGCAGAUGCAUCUCCCACGCCGGCUGCAUCUGCAAAGGGGCCUGGAGCAGACUCCGGCCUCCAGCACGGGUGACCUGGAGAGCUCUGUCACUGGGUCAAUGAUCAACGGCUGGGGCUCGGCAUCUGAGGAGGACAACGGUUCGUCGGGCCGCUCCAGUGCCAUCAGCUCCUCCGAUGGCUCUUUUUUUACUGAUGCCGAUUUUGCUCAGGCUGUCGCCACAGCUGCUGAGUAUGCCGGCCUGCGAGUGGCCCAUUAUCCGGGAGCGGGGCCUGAAGACAUUGGAAGAGGUGGUCAACGAUACCACAUUGGCCACCGUCCCAGUAGCCCAGUGUCCACAGACAGCAACAUGAGCACUGCAGUGAUGCAGAGGAAACCACACAAAAGGCACAAGCAGCAUGCAGCUGGUCACCAGAGCCAACAGCAGCAUCAACAAAAACAACCAGAUGAAUAUACAGAUGACACAUCAAUGCCCCUGAGCCCCUCCUCAGUUGGAAUGAAGACCACCAAUCAUGGUUCCAGGUGUGGAUAUGAGGAUAGGGGAGCAACGCUGCCUCGGAUGGGCUGUGGAGAGUCCAGAGACAGGCGAGGAAGCGCAGGAGGCUACCGGACAAGAGAGGCUUCGGCUGAGCGACGAGGGGAGCACGAUAAACACCGGAACACACAUGGAGGAAAAGGUGCUGGCAAAACACGCCAACAUGCAGUUGCAGAGGACAUUCCACCGUACAACCGGCCAUCGUUCCCCACAGCACAGGGUCAGAGGGAGACUCCCAGCUCCUCUAGUUCAAUUUCAUCCCGGGGCUCUGGGGGCCGCCGGCGAGGGGAGUUGGGAUCGGGAGGUCGGAAAAACCACAAUGAUACAGGGCUCCCAAGCUUGGGGGCCUUUUCCCACCAGGAAGAAGAGUUAGAGCUGCUGGAGAGUUGAGGAUCCAGUCAGGAUGAGAAAAGGCUCUCUGAAUGGAGAAUCAUCUUUGAACUGUGCACCAUACAUGAUUCAGACCAUCUAAAGUCAUUCACAAUUCUGUUAAUGAUCCGGUUUGUUCUUAUAGGCAAAAAAAUGACCAAUGGUUAAUGUUUUCUUUUUUUUUUUCAAUCUGCUUCAAUAUUUAAUCUUUUCAGUGUGAGCAAGAGGGGGAAUUGGAUGCUCUCGAGUUUCUUUUUAAGUAGGUGAUUCUUUCCGCUUUAAAGCCCCAUUGACUGGUGUAAGUUUGUGGAAAGGUGUGCUGUUCCCACACGGGAGCAUCAUCUCUAUAAUCUGCUGGUGUGAGUGUAAUAGAAGCUGCAAGUGGGAGCAGUGGACCAUUGUCAGUACAAAGAGAGGUCUCUUCACUCAUACUGUGAUACAGUACUUCAAUAUGGUCUUCCCUCUCACUGCUCUCCAAACGUAUUUUUUGAUCAUGAAAACUCGGGCAUGAGGGUUGCGAUUGUAAAUUUACCAAAUCAUUGAAAGAAGUGCUGCCAUUAGAUUUUUUUUUUUUUUUUUUUACGAUGCACUGUUGUCAUUUUGUUAUUUGAUGUUGUUAUUGUUAAUGUAUGUUCUAUUAUUUUUUUUGUCUUUGGUUUCAAAAGCACAAUCACUAAACAUUUAUUUUUAAGCCAUUCUUAGCUAUGAAGUGCUCCACAUUGUAUGAGGAGCGGGCGGCAUAAGUGACGUCUUAUUGAGCGUUGUGUUGGAGAUCGGAUGAGAAGAUGGGCUUAUUUGCGUCGUUUUAUUUGCGCAAAUGAACAGGACGGAAAUCGGGAUGACUCUCUCCACUUUGGGUCUCACGCAAGCCGUGUAAUCAUGAUAUAUCUGAAUAGAGAUAGACCACCGAGUGGCAAUCCAUUAUCUCAUUACCAGUGACGACGUUACAUUUGAUGAGACAAAUGCACUUAAAUGAGAGUGAAACAAGAAAAUGUGCAAUGGGCAAUAUCUUUUUCGAUCUAGAAGGCUUGGAUUAGGAGUGUCCUUUCCAUUUUGUGUUGAGAAGUGAUGAUCCCAGAACAAGGUGUGCACUGUAAUAAUAGGAAGAAUGUCUGCCCCAACCAAACAGCAAGCCUCAUGGGGCUUCAUCCGUCUCUCUGCAGCCUCAACUGUCUAUACUGUAUAGAAGUAAUGUGGACUUGGUUAUUGGAUGGGGAGGGUGGAAAACCUGAUCUAGGGAUUCCUGUGGUAGUGCAAAGCACCGCUGGGCUGACCUAGCACACAGCUGCUUCAGUUUGGUUUGAAUCCAUGCUAUUGCAGUACCUUUUUUUUUUCGAUUGAUGAACAAUGUGUGUGAGAAUAUGAUCUCUGGAAAAAAUAAUUGUGCUGUCCAUCAUUGUUUGGUGUUUACUAUGUUAAGAAAAAAAGUACAACUGCUUUAAAUUGUCAGCCAUAACUUUUCAUGACUGAUUAUGUCAUAUUUAGAAUAAAAUAAACCGUGUCAUUUCCCACCUUAUUUAUUAAAACAUUUUUCAAAUGC